CGACUUCCGACCCAAGUCCGAAAAGACAUAUUUUGUCCCCAACAUAAACCCUAGAAUUACUUCUCUCUCUAUUCUCUCUAUCCAUCUCCAGUUCACGUAUCUUCUUCACAGAGUUUCAGUGUAAACCACCCUGGCCGUCUCCAGAAUUCCAGUUUUCCAUAACUCGAAGGCUCUGAAAGCGAAACCAAAGCGACGCAAAGUAGAGAAGUUCAAUCAUGGCGGACGUUAUGCUGAUGAAAGAGAUAGACGACACGGCGGCUAGUUUGGGCAUCGAUCUCUCGCAGAUCGAUUUCGAUUCCAUCCGUCUUCCCCCCGGCGAAGAUUUCGGAAUCAAGAGUGAUGACGAAGAUGUUUACCGAGAUGAAAAUUUGGAGUUCGAUUCCGGCUUCGGGAACAUUAUAGUGGUGGAUAACCUACCGGUGGUUCCUCGGGAGAAGUUUGAGAAGCUCGAGGGUGUAGUUCGGAAAAUCUACAGCCAGAUUAGUGUUAUCAAGGAUGACGGAUUUUGGAUGCCCGUUGAUCCUGAGACCAAGAAGACCUUAGGCUAUUGCUUUAUUGAGUACAAUACUCCUCAGGAAGCUGAGCUUGCUAAGGAGAAGACUCACGGGUACAAGUUGGAUAGGUCUCAUAUUUUUGCUGUCAGCAUGUUUGAUGACUUCGACCGAUUCAUGAAGGUUCCUGAUGAGUGGGCCCCUCCUGAAGUUAAGCCUUACACUCCUGGGGAAAAUCUUCAACAAUGGCUUACUGAUGAUAAGGCCAGAGAUCAGUUUGUGAUACGUGCUGGUUCAGAUACUGAAGUACUUUGGAAUGAUGCUAGGCAGCUGAAGGCUGAUCUUGUUUACAAGCGGGCGUACUGGACAGAAAGCUUUGUGCAGUGGUCCCCACUUGGGACUUAUUUGGCAACUAUUCAUAGACAGGGCGCUGCAAUUUGGGGUGGUGGCUCUACCUUUAAUCGGCUAAUGCGUUAUGCUCAUCCCCAGGUUAGGUUGAUUGAUUUUUCCCCUGGUGAGAAAUAUCUGGUGACCUGCAGCUGUCAUGAAACAAGCAAUCCUCUUGAUGCAAAUAGGGUUGUGAUCAACUUUUUUGAUGUGAGAACUGGAAAAGUGAUGAGAGAUUUUAAGGGAACCACGCAUGAUUUUCCACUCGGACCUGGAGGUCUUCCAAAAUGGCCUGCCUUCAGUUGGGGUGGUGGAAAAGGUGACAAGUAUUUUGCCAGGAUGGGGAAGAAUCUUAUCUCCGUUUAUGAAACAGAAACUUUUUCUCUAAUUGACAAGAAGUCUGUAAGGGUUGAAAAUGUUAUGGACUUCAGUUGGUCACCAACCGAUCCAAUUCUCUCACUCUUUGUUCCUGAAUUGGGGGGUGGGAACCAACCUGCGAGGGUCAGUCUUAUUCAAAUCCCUAGUAAAGAAGAGCUUCGUCAGAAGAACUUAUUUAGUGUUAGUGACUGCAAAAUGUAUUGGCAGUCCAACGGGGAUUACCUUGCUGUUAAGGUUGAUCGCUAUACAAAAACUAAAAAAAGUACAUACACUGGCUUUGAGCUUUUCCGUAUAAAAGAGCGCGACAUCCCUAUUGAGGUCUUGGAGCUUGAAAACAAAAAUGAUAAGAUUAUUGCCUUCGCUUGGGAGCCGAAGGGUCACAGGUUUGCUGUUAUCCAUGGUGAGGCCCCUAAGCUUGACAUCAGUUUUUACUCAAUGCGGGGCGCUAAUAAUACAGGCCGCAUUUCCAAACUUACUACUCUCAAAGGCAAGAACGCAAAUGCUCUUUUCUGGUCACCUGCUGGUCGAUUUAUUAUAUUUGCGGGAUUGAAAACUCAAAAUGGAACCUUGGAGUUUUACAAUGUUGAUGAGCUAGAAACCAUGGCGUCUGGUGAGCAUUUUAUGUGUACGGAUAUUGAAUGGGAUCCUACAGGAAGGUAUGUUGCAACUUCUGUGACCUCGGUUCAUGAGAUGGAGAAUGGUUUCAACAUUUGGUCCUUCAAUGGCAAGCUACUUUAUCGGGUGAUGAGGGAUCAUUUCUUUCAGUUUUUGUGGCGCCCAAGACCUCCAUCUUUCCUGAGCCCCGAGAAAGAAGAGGAGAUUGCAAAGAACUUGAAGAAGUACAGCAAGAAAUACGAGGCAGAGGAUCAAGAUGUGUCGUUGCUAUUGAGUGAGCAGGAGCGGGAGAAGCGGAGGAUGUUGAAGGAAGAAUGGGAUAAGUGGGUUAGUGAGUGGAAGCGGUUGCACGAGGAAGAGAAAUUGGCUAGGCAGUUACUUAGGGACGGCGAAGCCAGUGAUGAAGAAGAAGAGUACGAGGCCAAGGAAGUUGAAGUGGAGGAGGUUCUUAGCUCCCACGAGGAGGUUCUCGAGUAUGAUCAGGAGUGACUUUUGUAUUGCUAGGAAUUUUGGACCCCAACAUUUCUUUGCAUUUUUGUUUCCUGAUCUUGCGAGGAGUUGAUUCUUGUCGUCUCUUGGUUCUAAUUUUUUAUUUUGUUAUUCAAUAUUAUAGACUUAGAUCUUUUUUGUUGUGCCUUGCACAGGA